UGCUUCUGUGAAGAAGAGCACCCCAGCUCACGUGAUGUGCUGAUUCUGUACGGUAAAGAUGCCAGCGAAUGGUGUCAGUAUCUCCAGAGCCUCUUCCACUCGUGCCAAGACCUCCAGAGCUAUCUUGUGGAGAGUGGGACUCCAAUUCCCCCUGAGAUGGUGGAUGUCUUCAAGAGCAGCCGGUGUGUCAUUGUUUUGCUCUCCUGUGAGCUGGUACAGAACUUCCAGACCCCAGCAGUCCUCUGGACCCUACAGGAGGUUCUCCAACCACCAAAUAAAGUUGUGAAACUGUUCUGUGGUGUGGCCGAAUGGGAGGAUUACCAAGCCUUCUUCAAAGACUGGUUCCAGUGGAAAUGCUUGACAUAUGAUGAUGACCCGGAAACCUACGUCACAACUGUCAUGAAGGCAAUUUCAGAAGGAGAUUCUGGCUGUGAUUCAGUGAGUGACGCAGAAGGAGAGGAUGUCAGAGAGCGACGUGACUCCUGCAACACAUUGAUGAAACAGCAGCGUGAGACAUCGGGGACCAAAAAGGGAAACUUAACUGCAGUGCAGCCAAAUCGCAUACGCUGUGGGAUGCAGACCACCAUGUACAUCAUUCUCAAAUGCAAGCUGGAUAACCAAGUGAAAAUGGAAGUGGAAUUUUCUCCUGUGAAUUGUCAGUCUGUGCGAGUCCUUUGCAGGACAGAGAACGAGUAUACCAUCUCCGUUUGCACACCUGACUUGCCACCUGGCACAGUGGGAUUGCGAUUGUUUGCAGGGGAUUUAAUGGUAGCUGAAGCAGACGUUAGCUAUUACACUGACAUGGAAGAAAUCAGCAGCUUGCUGGCUUCUGCAGCAAAUCCCGUGGAAUUCAUGUGCCAGGCAUUUAAAAUAGUUCCAUACAACCCAGAAGCUCUGGACAAGAUCCUGACAGCGUCACUGAAGGAGAACCUUCCUGCGAGUGGGUGGCAUCUCUUAGGGAUCAACCAGCUGGAGGAAGACGACAUGAGUACAAGCCAGAGGGAGGAAGAGCUGCCCACCUUGUUGCACUUUGCUGCGAAAUACGGGCUGAAGAACCUCACAGCCCUGCUGCUGACAUGCCCGGGAGCCUUGCAAGCUUACAGUGUUGCCAACAAGCGCAGUCUCUACCCCAACAGCCUGGCCGAGCAGCAGGGCUUCAGGGACCUCCGACAGUUCAUUGAUGAAUACGUGGAGACGGCAGACAUGUUGAAGAGCCACAUAAAGGAGCAGCUGAUGGAGGGGACAGAAGACGACUCCCUGUAUGAGUCCAUGGCUCACCGCUCCACUGACCUCCUGAUGAAAUGUUCUCUGAAUCCGGGCUGUGACGAGGAGCUCUACGAAUCCAUGGCGGGCCAGGUCCCUGGAGUCUCAGAAGACAUGUAUGUAGAAAUGCUUCAGUCGGAUGCCAGCACCCCUCUGAUGACAAAGGACUUCAUGAUGCGCAGAUUCCUAGAAGGUGUCAGCAUGGCUGAGCCAGACUGCAAAGGCGACAUCUACCACCUGUGUGAAGAGGAAGGGGUGUAUCACACCGUGGAGCAGGACAGCUUUCCUUCUGAGCUGGUCAACAGGCCUCCGGUUCCUGUGCCGAGACCCGACCCCACUAAGCAGCAGGACAAAGAGCCCUAUAUCCUUAAAGUGUUUGCAGGAAAAGACCGAGAGGGGCAUGGGAAUCUCUAUGUGUCUUCAGAGAACCUUAGGAAAGAGGCAGCAGCCAAAGCUCUGCAGGUUCGUUCCCAGUCCAGUAUCUACGACCCAUUUGUUGGGAUGAAGACUCCUGGGCAAAGGCAGCUGAUCACCUUGCAGGAGCAAGUGAAGCUGGGGAUGCUGACGGUGGACGAAGCCAUCCUGCAUUUCAAGGAGUGGCAGCUGAACCAGAAGAAGAGAGCAGACUCAUUUCGCUUUCAGCAGGACAACUUGAAAAGACUACGUGACAGCAUCACACGCCGACAGCUUGAAAAGCAAAGGGCAGGCAAACCUUCAGAAUUGGAAAUCACUGUGCCUCUGGGACAUUUGCAGAAGACCCCCAAGAAAUCAGAAUGUGGCAUAUAUGAAUUUGGCCCCCGGAAAAGUGUCUUCCCACCAAGUAAAGAGAUAAAGCGAGGGGACUGGAAAACAGAAAGUUCAUCUAGCUCUGCAAGUAGCUCAAGCAACCGAUCCAGUACGCGCAGUUCACUCAGUGUCAGCAGUGGAAUGGACGGAGACAACGAGGAUAAUGAGAUGCCAGAAGUGAAGAGAAAUUUCAGCCCCAUGACGCAUCAAGCGGACAAGCACCACUUCGCAGCAUCUGGAAGGACCCCAAGAAUACCGCCUCGCAUCGCUAGCAGGCCGUUAAGCAAGGACAGAUGUCACCCACCACCAGUCCCGCCAAGAGGUCGGUGAAAUGCUGCAUGAAAUCCUUGGAAGAGCGAAACAUGGGAAUGCCUGGUUUCAGUUUUAAGACUGCCUUUAUACUGGGAGUGUGUUCAGCAGAAGUUUUCUCCUCCUUCUCCCCAUCCCACCGUCAAUGGAAUCAUCUUGGCACGGAGGUUACUUCAGAAACAAAGUAGAAAACAAGGAAUUGGGAGUCCUCACUCUUGUGGCUUUUCAGCAGCGGUCAGAAAAGACACACAGUUUCUGGAAAGCGCCUGAUUCAUCCAGCCUAGUCACAGAAAACACGCAGGGUUUCUUGAUCACCUUCUCAAAAUCUCUCAAUUUAUUACAACGGUUCUCCGAGCAGAACCUCGCAUUUCUGUGCCACUACUUGAUGGUGCAUGAAAUCAGGAAUGUUGAUGGAAGGCAGACAGGCAAAUCAGGGUUUUUCUGGGGAGGAGUCUGCAGGGGGCUGAGGCACUUGAGGAAUUCCUUUGAAGACUUCCCUGGUUCUGAUGGGUUUUGCUGUGGCCCUGCUGUGCCUCAGACUUCCAUCCCAGCACAUGGAGCUGCUCCUCAGAGAAAGGAGCAGGAUGGAGGGCUGAGCUGCAACUCCUGCUUCGAGCACCAGAGGUAGGUAGGAUCUCCCUGCAGCUCUACAUUUGCCUGGCACUUCUGCAACUGCCUCCCAGAUGCCACCCAUCCAGCAGCGGACAUUAAAGAGGCAGAUGCUCAUCCAUUCAUGAACCUCAAUAAAUGUGCACACAAGUGUC